GCGGAGGAAUCGCACUGACGCUUCACUAUGGCUCUGAGGCGCGCGUUUGUGUUCAGUAUAUGGAUUAUUACGGUGAUAUGGACCGCCGCGCGCGUGGACGCGAGGAAAGCGGACGAGUUCUUCAGCGGGAGCGUUUACCGUGCGAGAUGCGCGUCGCGAUGUCUCAGCUUGCACAUCACGCGCAUUUCUGCUGUUUUCAAACAAUUCCAGAGCAAUGGAUCAUUGGUGUGGUGUCAGAAUCAUAAGCAGUGCUCAAAGUGUCUGGAACCUUGCAGGGCAUCAUGGGACCUGAAGGAUAACCAGUGUCAGGACUUGUGUGAGAAUCUCUUUCCAAAGAAGCACUAUGAAUGUCUGACGAGUUGUGAGUUUCUUCGGUCUGUUGAGACGAUGAAACAAGGGGACUGUCCAGCGUCAGAGCGAGCGAGCGGUUUCGCAGCGGCCUGCGUUGAGAGCUGUGAUGCGGAUGCAGAAUGUUCUGCUCUGAAGAAGUGCUGCUCCAACGGCUGUGGACACACCUGUCAGAACCCAAAGAACCUCUAUAAAGGAGCUCCAUUAAAACCGAGGAAAGAGUUGUUGUUUUUGGAGCAGGCUUCAGGACAGCUGGAGAUCCGCUGGUCAUCUAGAUUUAACAUAUCAGUGGAGCCCGUGCUGUAUGUGCUUCAGCGGCGAUGGAACUUCGGCAUCCACCCCAGUGAAGACGACGCCACCCAGUGGCACGAUGUCACACAGAUCUCUGAAGAGCGCAUCCUGUUGACGGACAUCAGGCCAGGCAGGUGGUACCAGUUCCGUGUGGCGGCGGUCAACAUUCACGGCACGCGUGGAUUCACUCCCCCCAGCAAACACUUCCGGUCUUCUAGAGAUCCGUCUCCACCUCCCGCCCCAUCUGGACUGAGGAUGACUAACAUCACUGUGGGUCAGGACGGUCUGCUGACGGGUCAACUCAACUGGACUCUUUCUGCGGAGCCUGACAUCCCCGUCCAUCACUAUAAAGUGUUGUGGAGCUGGACCGUCCCAGGAACCUCACCGGUGCCUGCCAAGAGAAAGGGUAGAAAAACUGCGAGUGGGGCCAGACGUUCUGUAGAUCUGGAGGGUCUUCUGUCCAACUGCAGUUACACUGUGGAGGUUCAGGCCAUCAGCUACUGGGGUCAAGUGAGACUGAAGAGUGUUAAAGCAUCCGUUCACUUCAACACACUGGACAACAGUGAGUCAAAGUCAGUAUUUAAGGUGAGGAAAGGGGAGUUCCCUGCCAUCGGUCCUGUGUCUGUGAAAAGACCAUCAAGCGCUCUUGAAGUCGGCACACCGUAUUACCAGGACGGACAGCUACAGAUCCGCAUCUACUGGAAGAAAAGAGCAGAGCCAUUCGUGAAUCGUUACCAUGUUCAGUGGACGCCCGAAAACUGCAGCCACAACCGGAGCAGAGGACCAGAGAAAUCAGUCACUCAGGAGAACUACAUAAAUCUACCACAUCUGCUGUUCUCCUGUAAGUACAGAGUGACCGUUCACACACUGAAUGCCAGACGAAGAUCUAAAGACGAGAGCACCACCUUCAUAAUGCCGUCCUGCGCGACACUCAGGAGUAAGAGCCUGAAACCCAUCGCCUGUCCCGGAGACCCGACUCCAUCAAAAGUUUUGGCAAAGCCUGAAAAUCUGACCGCGGCGUUCACCUUCCAUGGUGGCAACGUGACGGCUCAUUUCCUCUGGAGGGUGUCGCGUCUCCAACCACAUCAGCCAAUCACAGGUUUCCAGGUCACAUGGGCAGAGAUUACCACAGAAAGCCGCCAGAACAGUCUGCCAAACAGCAUCAUUUCACAGUCACAGAUUCUGCCACCUGAUCAUAAUCUGCUGGUGGUGUCAAACCUUCGAGCGGCUUCGUUCUACAGGUUAGAGGUUCAGGUGAUCACGACCGCUGGAGAAGGUCCUGCGACAAUGAAGAUCUUCCAGACGCCGAACCGACCGCCGCUACAACAAAAAUCUCGACAUCAUCAUCAGCAGCACCCACAGAAGUCUGCCUUCGAGAAGCACUGAUCACGCCAGAAACACGGCAAACUUUUAACCAACGCUCUCGUCACGAAAACUGUUCGUCUGAUCAUCUGCAAACGUCUGAGCUUCAUUCUCUCUUGAUGAAGUUCUCCACAGCUUUCCUCUGUGAACGUGCACUUGCAAAGCAUUUAAGACGGUUAAAGUCAGAGCGACGUGUGUGAACUAUGAAUGUAAGUUGCUUUCUGUUGGACGAACGGGAAGAAACUGAAAUUCAACCAUUAGAUUUGUGAUCUGUGUGAACUGAAUGCUAUUACGGGCAGUAUGGGCGAUUUAUAUAUUGUUGAAAGUACGUCACAGUAUAGUUAUGUUUGCUGGGUAAUCAGUAAAAAUGCUUUAUAUUUUAAGAACCAUAUGAUGAUGCUAUUUCGAGAGAAUGCAGUUAAUUAGAUACAAACAUACGAUUAUACAACACAAAAGAAGCUCGUCCACGGCAACUAAGAUGAUGCAUUUAGAAGAUCUCCGAUCAUCUUAUUAAUAUGUGAGCAAUACUCAAUUAUAUGAUUAACAGAGUUGUUUUACUCAUUCAAAUAUAACGGUUCUUGGCUGUAGAGGUGUUUGUCGUGGAAUGUUAAUAUUUAUUUAUGUGUGUGCGACGCUUCAUUUGUUUGUGUGCGAGAAUGUGUUUUUCCAUGUAUUAGCAAGUCCAUAUUUUUGAAACUUCCUGUAAAGACAAUGUAAAAAAAACAAAACAAAUUGUACAUAAUAUAGUCUGUAUGUUCUGUCAUUUCCAUGAAUAGGACCUGUACAUACUUUGAAGUAAUAAAAUAAUCCCUUUUCUUCGUUGCCUGAUCUGUAGUCCUGUGUUUGUGUGUUGUGUCCCGUCAAGGAACGGGAUCAUUGUGGAAUUCA